AUAAAUUUAAGUAGUUAUUAUCAUAAGAAUGCCUCUUCAUUAAAUUUUUGUUAUCUCGGAUCUGUUACAUUGCCGAUAUAAAAAAAUUGCAAUAAAAUAAUUGUAAACAAAGUUUAUAGAGAGGAAGGUAGAAGAGGAAGGUAGUGACUUUGCAAUGUUAAAAUCAAGAUGAGAGUCGACAAAAAGAAGAACGAGUCAAAGGCACGAAUAAUGUUGUGUCAAAGACAUCUAGAAAAAGUUUUGAAACUACUUCGUUGAUUGCCAUCGAUGAAUUAGAAAUAUAUUUUUUAUUUUCGUAAAAAUGUUAGAGUACUGGUGGAUGGCGAACAACGAAACUGGACGCAAUGGCAGCGACGACGUGGCGAUCGAAGAGGUGCUACAGAAUCCAGGAUUAGUGAUGCUCUUUGUCGGCUAUCCGCGGUGGCUGCUGUACUUCGCUGCCAUCUGUUGUAUUCUCUUCAUGCUAAUCGGCAUCCCGGGAAAUCUCAUUACGGUGAUCGCAUUGUUUCGCACCAAAAAGUUAAAGAAUGCCACCGCAGUUUUCAUCAUGAAUCUCUCGAUAUCAGAUUUGAUGUUCUGUUGCUUUAAUUUACCGCUCGCAACUUCCACAUUCUGGCACAGUUCGUGGUUAUAUGGACCACUUCUCUGUCGGUUGUUUCCGCUCUUGAGAUACGGCCUCGUUGCAGUCAGCCUCUUCAGCGUUCUCGCAAUCACGAUCAAUCGCUACAUCAUGAUCGGUCAUCCCGGUCUCUACCCUACAUUGUAUAAAACAAGAUACUUGAUACCGAUGGUCUUGACGAUAUGGAUCGUCGCUUUUGGUCUGCUGAUCGUCACGUGGUUUGAGAAAUUCGGACGUUUUGGUUUGGAUCCUAUUAUCGGAUCCUGUUCGAUCUUACCGGAUAUAAACGGGCGGAGUCCAAAGGAAUUUCUUUUCUUUCUCGCGUUUCUAAUACCCUGCCUCGCUAUUAUUAUUUGCUAUGCUAGGAUUUUCUAUAUCGUUCGCGAAACUGCCUCAAAGAGCAGGGGCAGAGAUAAGACCAAUGUGGAACCUACGGAAACCAGCCAUGAUCAACAGUCCACGAAGAACCAGGAGCAAGAGUCUGUUCUUUGCGAUCCCUCCUUAUCGAUGCGAGCAAUUUUUCUUAAUCCAGACGAAAAAAUAGAUCUCGAGCCAUCAACAUCCGUUAACGAAGAUUCUUCCUGCUCUAAACAGUCGAUUCACGAUCAACAAAAAACAGAUUGCAUGCCGAGACCGCAUGUAGACAAUCCAACGGCGAUUAUCAGCCUCGAUCCAAACUUUAACAGCGACUACAAUGUUCUUCACGUCGGCGAAUCGGAGGACAUAUCGUUCGUGAAUAAUUGCGAGAAAUCGGAACUCACAGAAAUGAAACUGUUUUCGAAUAGAAACCAGAACGAGUUGCAGCGAAAGUCGUCGAGAAACUCUUGCGGGCGGUUGGAAAGACUUACUAGCCAAGCAUCCCUUAUCGUGGAGUCGUCGCUGGCGCGACUCGCCCGUGGCGAUCGUUCAGAUUUACCCGAAAUUCUUGUGAAUUCGAGAUCGCACUCGCCCGCGAGGAAGACGUUUCGCAGGGAAUCAAAAUUCAAGAGCGUUGGCAGGAUCCGCAACGGCGGCGAACUCGUCGUCACGCCCAGAAUGUCCGCCAAGGAUCGGAAGCUACUGCAAAUGAUCCUCGUGAUAUUUGUGUCGUUCCUGGUUUGCUAUCUACCGAUCACCGUCACGAAGCUCUUUCCUGGCGCAAUCGACUGGCGGGGUCUCAACAUCGUCGGCUAUAUACUCAUCUACUUGACGACCUGCAUCAAUCCCGUCAUCUACGUCGUGAUGAGUUCCGAAUACAGAAGCGCGUAUAAAUAUGUCUUGCUGUGUAAAGGUGAGCAGAGAGCGAACAAGAGAAGACUGCCGGGUUUGCUGAUGUUCGGUUAAACUCGUAAAUGUUAUCG